AUGAAUGAAGAAGAAGAAGAACAACAAUGGUUUGAGAGUUUGUUUCAAUCUCAAGUUGGUUGUGACAUUGUUUUUAAGGUCAAGUGUGAAAGCUUUAAGGCUCAUAAGGUGAUUCUUGCUGCGAGGUCGCCUGUGUUUAUAGCUCAGUUUUUUGGACAUGUUGGGGAUCCUUGCUUAGAGGAAGUAGUGGUGGAGAAGAUUGAACCCUUUAUCUUCAAGGCGAUGCUUCUCUUCAUUUACUCGGGCAAACUUCCUGAUAUCUAUGAGGUUAUGGGCUCAAUACAUGUGUGCUCUUUUACUGUCAUGGUGCAGCAUCUAUUGGCUGCUGCUGAUCUCUAUAAUCUUGACAGGCUAAAAAUGUUAUGUGAAUCAAAAUUGUGUGAAGAAAUCAAUACUGAGACCGUAGCCACGACACUUGCCCUGGCUGAGCAACACCAUUGUCCACAGCUCAAGACGAUCUGUUUGAAAUUUAUUGCAAAUCCGACAAAUUUGGGAGCUGUAGUGCAAUCCAAAGCUUUUUUGCAUUUAAAAGAGGGCUGCCCUUCAAUGUUAUUAGAAUUGCUGGAGACAUUUGCAUCAGUGGAUGAUAACUCAGGUCAGAAGUUGAGCAGGAAAAGAAGUAGCAGUAGCAUAUAUGGGCAAGAUUUAGCAAAUGGAGGGGCAGCAGAAGCAGCAAAUCCAAAUGGCGGGCGUAAAAGUAUUUUACAGUCUGUAUCUUCAACCCUGAAAAGUUAUGAAACUGUCUGUCAAUACGAGUGAUUAUCGGUUUUCUUUUCACCUGAUUCAUCAACUUUUAUUUGUGAAGUUUCUACCCUUCCUAGUACCUACCUUGUCUCAAAGGGGCUACUUUGGACAACAUUUUCAACUGUAGUCUGACAUUAGACCAGUUCUACAUAUUUAAUGUAUGUUAUAUCAUGUUUGAUGAGUUUAAUAUGAAUACUAGUAAAUAGAUGAUAUAUUUGUUUUUACAAUGAUGUCUUGGAAGGAAACACUUUUCCUUUUGAAGUUAUAUAGAUAGAUGAAUGGUAGACCUAUCCCCAUUUUGUUUCCCCUACAUAGGUAACUAGGUUUUGUUGUGCGACCUUGUCUAUCUGUUAUGUGGAGUGUUCAGACAUGAAAUAGAAUAGAAAGUAAGAAAAUAUUGCAGUUAAGGUGUGGUUUCAUAAGACAGUAGUGCAUGUUUAUUUGUGAAACAAAAUGAAAGCAAUAGUUUUCAUAA